AUGGAAGACGAAGGACUAGAAUACAACGUGGUUUCUAAACUUUCUACUGACCUUCCUGAGGACACACUUCUUGCAUUUGAUAAUUUCUUUACGAGCUGCAAUUUGCUGGAACAUUUGUAUGAAAGAAAAAUCUUUUCUGUAGGCACGGUAAGAACAAAUAGAAAAGAUCUUCCAGAUAUAUUGAAGAAAUCUCAGCCUAAGCAUCUAAAACUGGAAAAGAAUCAAUUUGCAGCUAUAACUGCAAAACCUAUCACAGCCAUUAAGUGGCUUGAUACCCGAGAUGUUACUGUUCUCACUACAGCUCACCAUCCAACUGACACAAUAUUUGUUAAAAGAACUCAAAAAGAUGGGACAAGGAAAGAAGUUCUCUGCCCCAAAGCUAUUGCAAGCUACACGCUUGUCAUGGGAGGUGUAGAUCACUUCGAUCACUUUCGAUCUUCAUAUCCCAUCAAUCGUAAGUGUAGAAAAAUUUGGAUGAGACUCUUCUUUUUCAUGUUCGAUGCGUCAAUAAUAAACUGUUACAUUACCUACAACACUGUCCACGUUGUAAAUACGCAUUCGCAUAGACAAUUUAGAUUACGAUUGGCUCGUGAGAUGAUUUCCCACUAUUCAAGCAAAAAAAUGGGCAAGUUGUUUACAAGAACAAAAAAGGGUCAAACUUCGGCGUGCCUGAUGAGAUCCGCCUCCUCAACGUUGGAAUCCAUCUCCCUGAGGAAGGCUAUAAAAGGUGUCGUUUCUGUAGCACCAAGAAGGAGGAAAAGAGAACUAAAAUAA